GGGUCAGCUGUGGAGCUGCCUCUACAACCAUGUUUGCUACAAUUCACAUCAUGGCUAGCUCAAGGUUACCUGCGGCAGCACUUACAUUAAAACAGUUUAUACAGAGGCAGAAAGUGUUGAGCCUCUACAGAAACAUGAUGAGAACCAUCAGACAAGUGCCAGACGAGGGAGACCGAAAAUACCUGCGGGAUUGGGCGAGAGAUGAGUUCAAGAGGAAUAAAAAUAGCACAAAUCAGGACGCCAUCCGAAUGAUGAUCACACAGGCAAACAUGCAUCACGAUGAGCUACAGUCAUCCCUUGCAUUGGCUAACGUUAAGAAGUAAUGUCACCUGUCUGGGGCUGAGGUGAUCCACCGAUUUCUCCUGCAAGUGAAUGCCAGAAGCUUUUCUAUGCUGCCUCAAAUGGACUGUGAAAGCCAUUUGAAUCAGUACUUGGACAGUACACUUAUUGUGGAAGCACCUUGGCAUUUGGCCAGACCAGCUCGUUGCAGGUUCAUAAUGUGAUUUGGACCAUAUGAAAUCUGUCAUGAGGAGUCCCAUAUCAGAUGGUUGCCAUCAACAUGUCCAUGUCUAGCAGUGACGACUCUUUCAAAUCACUUUUGAGGAAAGCUGUGAGAGCCAUGUGUGAUAUGCCAUUUGCAAUCAUGUCUGACCUAAUACCCUCGGUCUCAUGUUGGGCUAUUGUAAAGCUGUUUGUGUCCAGUGGAUCCUCAUGAAAUGUUAUGUACACGUUGAACAUAAAACAACGACAGUUGUUUUUUACAAAAUCAAUUUGAUAUCUAUUUUACUACACAGAAUGUGUGUUCAUAUCAUCAACAAAGGCAUCAAUGUACACGACCUCACACCUGAACAGGACAAAUGUCACACAUGAGCACUAACUAAUACACUGUUUGCACAGGUCUAUUUCAGAAGAUUAAAAACAGACUUUCCACCAUGCAAACAGGUUCUUCUUAACAGUACCUCAUUUUAGUGCUAAGGACAAGCGGUAGGGUGUUAUGGUUUUUACCAUUUAAAGAGACAUACAUUAGUGGGUUGGAGUAAAGGUUAUGAAUAAUAACGUUUUCUUAAUAGU